AUGUCGGCCAAAAUUGUAUUGGAAGAUAGGGAUGUUGUAGUGCAUAUUGUUGUUGAUAGCAACUUUGAAGAUCCGGAGAAAAGUGUUGCUAUCAUUGCCAGUGACUAUUUCCAGGAGGAUAUAAUGAAUGCCGGGUUUAUAUUUAUCCCUUCUCUGCUGAAGGAGACUCACUUCUAUAUUGAAGAUUGUCUGGCGUCUUGUGAAUUAAAACCAAAGUGUAACAUCGUGACGUUUGACAAGACUCGGCAAAUGUGUAGGGGAUACGAAAACGUCACACAGUCGAUAGCUUUCAUAUCGGUACCGGGCACAAAAAUAUGGUCAAAUAACAGAAAGACGACACUAAGGAAUGCCUAUCCUGGUCUGACAUGGGUCGCUGACCCAUCGCGUGCAGGAAAAGUAUUCAGCCCAACUGCCUCCAGAGAGUUUAUACCUCAUCUUGAUGACUGCGUCGAUCGUUGUCGUAAUGAUCCAGCGGGGUGUCAUUACUUAACAUUUACAGAAGGUCAAGCCGACUGCCGAUCAUUUGUUGGUACCGCAGAAAAUGCAGUUCCGUUGGCAAAUACCCAUGUGUGGAUGCAACCUCAGCUAGGACGAGACUUGGAGUCCACAGAGUCGUUCUACCUGAUUGUCAAAGAGAAUCUCAACCGCGCCGAUGCAAAUGCUUAUUGCGAACAGGAUGGAAUAUUUGGACAUCUAUUGAAAAUCAACAAUGUUCAAGAGCAAGCAUUCCUGAACGCUAAUGCUGCAUUCGAUGGAACGACAACUGCUACCUUGUGGAUGGACGCUGAGGCUAAUGCCGAUGGACGGUUCCUGUGGAAUGUCGGCAGGCCAGAAUUUACCUACCUGAACAUGGCAUAUGGUCAACCAGCAGAUACAUCCAACAAAAAAUGCCUUACCAUGGCAAAAGCAGAUGGAACUUGGUCAAGUGCUACCUGUUCAGACCUGAUGCACUUUGUCUGCGAAAUGGAGUAA